AGCAUAGUUGCGCGAGCUGCUACAAUCUGUUCUUUGUUACCUCCAUGCUUGUCCCCUCCUAAAACUCCCUCCCAAGGGGAGACCUUUGUGAGACAAUGCUUCAAAUAGCGAAUCUGCGUUUCCUAUUCUUCUCUGCGAACCAUACUUGUCUUCUUUCCCCUUUCAAGCCCUCCUCUCUUUCCUCCUCUCUACUCUCCAAGCCCAGACGCUCUGCUUCUAGACCCACUUCUCUCUUUUCGGUUUUCGCUUCCUCUUCUCGCUGGCAACGAAACUAUUCUCGCCCUCUCCAUUUUACUCGCAGACACAACAGUUCUUUUAGGGAGAGUAACAGUAGGGACAGCAGAGACAAAGGAUUGACCAUGGAAGAGACUGAGACCAUUGGAUUCAACAAAAAAAGAGCUGAAGGUAGAGAUAAGAGUGACAAGCCCAAGACGCUUAAGUUGAAGGUUAGGAAGCUCAAUCCUGUCAAUACCAUCUGCUAUGUUCAGAUUCUGGGGACUGGAAUGGAUACUCAGGAUACAUCUCCAUCAGUCUUGCUUUUCUUCGACAAACAGAGAUUUAUAUUCAAUGCUGGCGAGGGAUUGCAACGAUUCUGCACCGAGCAUAAGAUUAAGCUAUCAAAGAUAGAUCACAUAUUUCUUUCCCGUGUCUGUUCAGAAACUGCAGGUGGACUGCCAGGUUUGUUGUUGACUUUGGCUGGUAUUGGAGAAACAGGAAUGUCUGUCAACAUAUGGGGCCCAUCAGAUCUCAACUUUUUGGUUGGCGCUAUGCGGUCAUUUAUCCCAAAAGCUGCCAUGGUUCACACACAUAGCUUUGGCUCCUUGCAUGGUUCUGAUGGGGUAGCUAUUCCAGAUCAAAGAAAGUUUAUGGACCCUGUUGUUCUUGUUGAUGAUGAAGUUGUCAAAAUAUCAGCAAUCCUCCUACGACCAGGUUGCUUGGAUGAAUCGCAUUCCUUGAAGGAAGGACCUACCAUGCAGAAUUCUCCAGAAAUGGAUCCAAAAGAGAGGGAUCAAGUUGCAGAACCCUUAAUUUUAAACCAUAAGGCUGAGCCUGCAAUAAGGCCUGGUGAUAUUUCUGUGAUUUAUGUUUGUGAAUUGCCUGAAAUUAUGGGGAAGUUUGACCCGGAGAAAGCUAAGGCUCUUGGGUUAAAACCUGGACCGAAGUAUCGUGAACUUCAACUUGGGAAAUCAGUGACGUCUGAUCAUAAGAAUAUUGUGGUUCAUCCAAGUGAUGUACUGGGUCCCUCUGUUCCUGGUCCAAUUGUACUAUUAGUUGACUGCCCCACAGCAUCUCAUAUGCAAGCAUUGUUAUCUGCACAAUCUCUCAGUAGUUAUUUUGCAGAUUCCUGUGGUGACAUAUCAGGAUGUGCAAAGACCGUCAAUUGUAUAAUUCAUUUGACUCCUACAUCAAUCACAAGCACUCUUGAUUACCAGAAUUGGAUGAAAAGAUUUGGUGGGGCCCAACAUAUCUUGGCUGGACAUGAAAUAAAGAAUGUGGAGGUCCCAAUUUUAAAAUCCAGCGCAAGAAUUGCUGCUCAACUUAAUUACCUAUGUCCUCAGUUCUUCCCUGCUCCAGGCUUUUGGUCUCUUCAACGCUCCCACUGCUCAGAGCCGGACUUGGGUCCUGUUUCAAACCUUUGUGAAAGGAUUUAUGCCGAAAAUCUCCUGAAGUUCCAGUUGCGCCCAUAUGCGCAGCUUGGAUUGGACAGAUCCAGUAUUCCAAGUUUAACAGAUUCCUCAAAAAUCGUCGAGGAGUUAUGUUUGGAGGUCCCUGAGAUCAUUGGUGCUGCUGAUCUAGUGAGCCAGUUUUGGCAUGGUUCUAAAGGAACAAAAGGGGAUAUAGUUCCCAUGCAGAAUGGUAGAGCUAUGAUUGAAGAGCCGUGGUUGAAUGGGAGUACGCUUCCUAGCUGUUUGGAGAAUAUAACAAGAAACGACAUGGAGAUUGUACUACUAGGGACUGGUUCAUCCCAGCCAUCUAAGUAUCGAAAUGUUAGUUCAAUCUAUAUUAAUCUUUUCUCUAAAGGAAGCAUACUUCUGGAUUGUGGUGAAGGAACCCUGGCACAGCUGAAAAGAAGAUUUGGUGUAGAGGGUGCUGAUGAUGCUGUGAAAGGUCUGAGGCUCAUUUGGAUUUCCCAUAUUCAUGCAGAUCACCAUACGGGUCUAGCAAGAAUACUCACUCUGCGACAUAAUUUGUUUAAGGGAGUACCUCAUGAACCUUUGCUUGUUAUCGGGCCGGGGCCACUGAAGAGAUUUCUAGAUGCAUAUCAAAGACUUGAAGAUCUAGAUAUGCGGUUUAUUGAUUGCAGGAAGACUACAGAAGUUUCAUUGGCAGCUUUGGAGGGUGAUUGUGAACCAAACAAGGGCGACUUUGCUCCUGGAAGUCCAAUCAAUUUUGAGAAUAGCAACAAAAAUGAAAAUGGGCAAUCAUUACAAAGUAUUGAUGCCACGUUGUUUGCUAAAGGAAACCGUAUGCAGAGCUAUUGGAAAAGACCGGGUAGUCCUGUUAACAAUGGUGUGGUUGUUCCAAUACUGAAGAACUUGGAAAAGGUUCUUGGUGAUGCUGGGCUGGAGGCUUUGAUUAGUUUUCCUGUUGUACAUUGUCCACAGGCAUUUGGUGUUGUCUUGAAGGCUUCAGAGAGAAUCAGUAGUUCUGGAAAAGUGAUACCAGGGUGGAAGAUUGUUUACUCUGGUGAUACUAGGCCCUGUCCAGAGCUGAUAGAAGCGUCCCGUGGAGCAACAGUUCUUAUACAUGAGGCUACCUUUGAGGAAGGCAUGGAGGAGGAGGCUAUUGAAAAAAAUCACAGCACGACAAAGGAAGCCAUAGAAGUGGGGGCUUCUGCUGGUGCAUAUCGCAUCAUUCUCACCCACUUCAGCCAAAGGUAUCCCAAAAUUCCAGUAUUUGACGAGGGGCACAUGCACAAAACUUGCAUCGCAUUCGACAUGAUGAGUAUAAAUAUAGCAGAUCUACCUGUUCUUCCAAAGGUUAUUCCCUACCUCAAACUUCUUUUUAAACAUAGGAUUGGAUUUGAUGAAUUGGAUGAUGAUGAUGAUGUCCCAAGCAAUGUAAGUGCAGCUAUUUAACCAAUUGAUUUGUUGUAAUAUAUUUAGCCCAUUCUUUGAGCUUUUCAAAAAAUAAUAUUUACAUUUCUUUUAGAUUAUAAUAAUUUUGGCAUUAUCCCAA